GAUAGAGGUGUUAAUUGGGCAUGCUUCCAUCCAACAUUGCCUCUGAUUGUUUCUGGAGCAGAUGAUCGUCAGAUUAAAAUGUGGAGAAUGAAUGAUGCCAAAGCUUGGGAGGUUGAUACUUGUCGGGGACAUUAUAAUAAUGUCUCUUGUGUUUUGUUCCAUCCUAGACAGGACUUAAUUCUCUCAAAUUCUGAAGAUAAAAGUAUCCGCGUUUGGGAUAUGUCAAAACGUACUUGUUUGCACACAUUUAGAAGAGAACACGAGAGAUUUUGGGUCAUCACAGCACAUCCUACAUUGAAUCUGUUUGCUGCUGGUCAUGAUUCAGGAAUGAUUAUUUUCAAAUUAGAAAGAGAACGUCCUGCAUAUGCUGUAUACGGAAACGUUCUUUAUUAUGUGAAAGAACGGUUUCUUAGAAAAUUGGACUUCACUACUUCAAAAGAUACAUCUAUUAUGCAAAUCCGAGGAGGUGGAAAGACACCUCCUUAUAGCAUGUCGUAUAAUCAAGCUGAGAACGCUGUUUUAAUCUGUACUAGAUCAGCUAAUAAUGUCGAAAAUAGCACUUACGAUCUAUAUUUGAUACCGCGCGAAGGU